UCUUCCAAAAAAAAAAAAAAAUCUAAAACAAAGAGAAGAAAAGGUCGUUAUCCUUGUGAAACUGUAACUGAAUUUUGUCAUAUAAAUCCCUCUCAAACCAACCAGAUGCUGCGUCUCUCUCUUCUUUCCCUCUCUAAGCCCACGCCCAAGGUACCAUUAACAUCGGCGUUUCAAAGCUUGGUUGGAUCUCAUGGACGUGCCAGCAUCCUAUUAUCUGAGAUAUUUCAAAACUAUGAAGCGGUGUCAUCAAGUAAAAGGCCAGUUUAUGGAUUUAGAACCUUUUGCACCAGCCAAGAUUUGUCAACCAAGAAAUGUGUGCCAUGCAAUUCCAAGGAUUUGCGACCCAUGACUGAAGAAGUUGCAAAUCAUCUGAUUCAAAAGGUGGAUGGAUGGAAUCUGAUUAAUGAAGAUGGUAAACUAAAACUGAAUCAUUCAUGGAAAGUGAAGAGUUUCACUAAAGGAUUGGAAUUAUUCAAGUUUGUAGCUGAUGUUGCUGAAGCUGAAGGUCAUCAUCCAGAUCUUCACCUUGUUGGAUGGAACAAUGUCACAAUUGAGAUCUGGACACAUGCAGUUGGUGGAUUGACUGAGAACGACUUCAUACUUGCUGCCAAGAUCAAUAAACUUGAGCUAAAACACCUGCUGAGGAGGAAAGUUUCCAGCUGAACUUUUUUGAGCUAUGUGAAGUAAAUUCUUGGCCAACCAAUAAAGAUGGUCUACUUCUCACGUUUAUGCUCUGGUCUUAAGUAGACAUCUAAGAGGUACUUAUUUAGCUUGUAUGUUUCUCCUCUCUUACAAAAGUGAUGUUUUCUUUGAGUUACAGUGGUUAAUAUAUUAUUCUAUCACCUAAAUAUCUCAUGUUAUGAAGGUUUGGAAUGAUUUAUGCAGUCUGGUGUAAUAAAUUGCUUGAAUUUUGUCA